CGUCUCGAGCGGGCUUAUUACAAUAGUGGAAUUGAGCGGGGGAAAGGAAAGCCUCAGUGAAGCACGCGUUCCUCCCUUUCCGACACAGAAACCGCAAGUUUAGGCUUUUUUUAGUCAGCGAGCCUGGUUCCUUUUUUGUUCUCGCUAUAGAGCGUCCGUCGCGGCUUGUACUAGUACCGGAGCCGUAUCGCCAUCUAGUAGCGCACGCGUUUGAAAUGCCAGGCAUGCAUAGAACGCCGUCUUUACUUAUGCUGGUGAAAUAAAACACUUCCCGCACACUGCAUUCUGCGUAGUUACGAUAUAUGUAUUUUCCACCUCCGCGUUUAACGUUCUAUUUCCCGCAUAGCCUGGCUGUCUCGCUGCGCGAUAUCAUCGGCGCGGAGGAGCAUCGCAAUGCGACCGCGGAUCGCGAGAAGCGCGAUAGGGAUAUCGGAGGGGCAGGCGCGGGGAGGCGUGUCGUUGUAACGUCUGUAACAACUCACGUAACACCUGAGAACAAGCUCGCCUGCAGCAGCGGCGGGGCACGGGCGGACACAACGCGCGCGGAAACAACGCGCGCAAGCAAGCGGAGUUAGGGUAGGCGGAGUACCAUCAGCAGGGGAAGCUGCGGGGGGAAGUCCUCUGCCCAUGGGGGCGGGAAGGGGAGCUGGCGGAGCGUCCGCGGGAGCUCCCGCAGCAGCAGUAGGCGCAAGUCCCGCAGCUGCGAGAGCAGGCGCAGGCGCGUCCCCCCCCGUAGGAAACGGUAGCUCUGCGGCGGGUCCGAGCCCCAGCGGCGGCGGUGGGGGUGGCGGUGGUGGGAGCGCACGCGACGGGUCGCGUGGGUCGCAUGGAUCGUCGCAUUCGCAGGGCUCAACGUCGCAGAGCAAGUGGCAGGACCAGCUUUCGCGAAUGACGAACAUGAUUUUCGUCGCGAGCCAGGGCGACGUGGACGAGCUGACGCGGCUCUUAGACGAAGGCGCGGAUGUCAAUAGCGCGGAUUACGACGGGCGGUCCGCGAUCCACCUCGCCGCCUGCGAGGGGCACCUGGGGCGUACUUCAACUGCUCCUGGCGCGCGGCGCGAGAGUUAAUCCCCGCGACAGAUGGGGGCACACGCCGCUGACAGAUGCGCGCAAGGCCAUGCGGGAGGGGAAGAAGGGGCAGUUCCAGGAGAUCAUCCAAGUGCUAAUAAAGCACGGCGGCAUAGAGGGGGGUGCGGAGGCGGACGACUGGGAAAUAGAUCCGUGCGAGCUGGAUUUCAGCAAGUCGAAACUCAUUGGCAAGGGAGCAUUCGGGGAGAUAAGGCGGGUCAUGUGGCGAGGAACUCCUGUGGCUGCCAAGACCAUCCUGCCGGGUCUGUCAGACGAUGUUCAAAUCACGAAGGAGUUCCGGGACGAGAUGUUUCUGCUGCCCAAGCUGCGGCAUCCCAACAUCGUGCAGUUCCUGGGCUGUGUCACCCGCCGCCCUCCCCUCUGCCUCGUCACCGAGUAUCUCCCAGGGGGCGACCUUCACGACGUGCUCAAGUCCAAGGGCGCUUUGCCCCCCAGAAUAGCGGUUGGCUACGGGCUUGAUAUUGCCAGGGGAAUGAACUACCUUCACAACCAUAAGCCGGAGUCUAUUAUCCACAGAGACCUCAAGCCAAGAAAUCUGAUUCGCGACGAGGGGGACCAUCUCAAGGUGGCGGAUUUCGGAUUGAGCAAGCUCGUGAAAGUGAAUGCUUUGCACGAGAUGUACAAGAUGACUGGGGAGACCGGCAGCUACCGCUACAUGGCUCCAGAGGUCUUCAAGCACCAGGCGUACGAUCGCAGUGUGGACGUCUACUCCUUCUCCGUCAUCUUCUAUGAGAUGUUUGAGGGCCUACCACCCUUUGCCAAGACCAUGACACCGGAGGGGGUCGCGUGGAAAGUAGCCAUGGAGGGAAUCCGACCGCCGUUCAAAUCCAAGUCGUACCCCGAAGGUGUUAAAGAUCUCAUAUCCCGGUGUUGGGCGUCAGACCCCAUGUCUCGCCCGUCUUUCAUGGAGGUGAUCGAGGUGCUCGAGGGGGUCGAGAAGGCGCUCCUGCUGCAGGCGCAGACAAACAAGCCCGCCCUCUCCCCGUUCUCGGCAUAGAUAACGCCUGCCUCUGAUAAAGCCUCUCUUACUGGGUGCUGGGAGCAGUGCUUCAUUCGUGCAAGCGUUCAGCGCCAUACCAGUAGAUAACACCACUCUGGUAAAUAACACCUUCCUCUGAUAGCUCCUCCCUGGCUGGGAGCGGUGCUUCAUUCGUGCUAGCAUUCAGCGCUUAGCCCUCCGGUAGAUAACACCUCCUGAUAGACUCUUUGGGAGUCAGUCUCAGAUACUACCUCCCCUUGUGGGAAAGGUUCUAGCUGUACAGGAGACGAGCAUGUUGGUAACACCUCCCUCAGACAGCACCACAGGGCCAGUGGUAAGAAGCAGUGCUGAUAACACAGCAAGCAUUGUGGAUACACCCAUGAAUCCAGUUGGUAUACAAAAUAUAAAUUACAAGAGCUC